CAUGUACUAAUUUUACUAGGGUUUUGCUUUUCUGGUGAAGAUUAGUGAUUAUUGCUCCAAAGACCAAUCUAUCGGUAACAUAUCCUCCAUUUCUGAACUCUGAAUUAUUAGUUCCCUUCCAUGGCUGAAGGAGCUUUGGCGGUAGAAAUUGUGGGUCGCUGCCCUGUGUCUCCACCACCAAAUACAGUCCCACCUACCUCCCUUCCUCUAACUUUCUUCGACAUACCAUGGCUUUUCUUCUCCCCAACUCAACCUCUCUUCUUCUACGACUACCCUUACCCUACUUCUCACUUUUUAUCCACCGCUCUUCCACCACUCAUCCACUCCCUCUCCCUCACUCUCCGGCACUUCUUUGCUUUGGUUGCCACCCUUGUGUGCCCACCCCACUCAUCCAACCCCCCUUUCAUUGUGUACGACCGGUCCAACUUCGUCUCCUUGGUUGUCGCCCAAUCCACCGCUGAUUUUCAUCACUUGUAUUCGAAUCAUCAGCGUUGUGUCAACGACUUUUACCCACUAUUACCUCCAUUGCCGAGCGGGGAACAAGAGGAAACUCAAACCCUUUUGCUUGCUGCACAAAUCACCAUUUUCUCUAAUGUCGGUGUUUGCAUUGGGUUUGCGUAUCGUAACGUGGUUGCUGAUGGGAGAAGUUUCAACAGCUUCAUCAAGACUUGGGCUUCUCUUUUCAGAGACCCUUCUUCGUGCUCAAUCAACUCAUCGCUACUUCCCUUCUAUGAUAGAACUGUGAUAAAAGACAGUUAUGGCCUUAUGGGUUGCAGUCCAUUUUCUUGA